AGCAUACGGACUCCGAGAUAUCUGCAUGCCAAGUCUGCAGCCGCUCGCCAACACCAUGGCGCCGGCGGCGGGGUCGAGCUUAGCGCACAUGAAAAGUCAGCAGCUCGCCCGCGAGGAGGAGGAGAAGCUGCGUGCGCGGCGCGUAAAAGGCGUUGUCGUCCUCGUCGAGCAGUUUUUGCUCGAGCAGGGCUACACGCAAAGUCUGCAGGCCCUGCAGCAGGAGAGCCGCGUCAGCCUCGCGCAGUACUGCGUGGCGGACAACAUCGACCUGCUCUCCGCGAUGCAGGACUUUGAGGACUACUAUGAGUUUCGCUGCCAACGCAAGCCGAAACUGUUUCGCGCCCGCAACGACGGCGAGGAAAUCAGUGGCGCUGUCGUGACCGAAAGCGGAGAAAAGCUGCUGACGCGGCGGCGCAAGGGCGGCUCUUCUGUCGGCUAUGGUAAUCUCCCGGACAACGCAAGCGAUACCAAGAGUAAUAACAACGCGAGCAGCAGCAGUAACGGCGGUGCUGCCUCGUCCUCCGCACCUCCGUCCACAAAGCCGCCGGCGCACCUGCGGCCGUCCAACCUCACACGCGCGCUUGACCAUGCCCACGGGAGCAGCAGUGCGGGGUCCGACACAAGUAGCAAGCAACCGGCUCUGUCCUUGCAAGGGGCGGCGGCUCCGCUCGGUGGGGGAGUGACCAGCUCCGGCGUUGCAAAGAACGGCGCGGCGGGCAGCCGCAGUAACCAGAGCGGGGGCGCGGGCUGCGAUGGCGAUGACGACCCACCGGCGGACUUUAGUCAUCGUGCCUUGAAGCCGCUUCCGCAGUUCCCCACCACCGAACUGGCCGACUUGGCCGCGACGAUCUUGCGGGAAAUCCUCGACGUCAACCCGUCCGUGCGGUGGCGCGACAUCGCGGACCUUGAGGGGGCGAAGCAUCUGCUGAAGGAGGCCGUCGUGAUGCCGGUGAAGUACCCGGAGCUCUUUCAAGGCAUCCUGCGGCCGUGGAAGGGGAUUCUACUCUUCGGUCCCCCGGGCACCGGCAAGACGCUGCUGGCGAAGGCGGUCGCCACGGAGUGCCGCACCACCUUCUUCAACAUCUCUGCGUCGUCCGUCGUGUCCAAGUGGCGCGGCGACUCGGAGAAGCUCGUGCGCAUGCUGUUUGAGCUCGCCGUGCACUACGCCCCGAGCACGAUCUUUAUCGACGAGAUCGAUUCCCUCAUGUCCGCCCGCUCCACCGAUGGCGAGCACGAGGGCUCGCGCCGCAUGAAGACGGAGCUGCUGACGCAGAUGGACGGCCUGUCGAAGCGACGGGGCGGCGAUGUCGUAUUCGUGCUCGCCGCGAGCAACGUGCCGUGGGAUCUUGACACAGCCAUGCUGCGACGCUUGGAGAAGCGUGUGCUCGUCACGCUGCCGACGGCCGAGGCGCGGACGAUGAUGUUUCGGAAACUGCUGCCGAGUCUCCCGCAGGACGCCGACUACGACACGUGCGCGGCCUUGACGGAGAGUAUGUCCGGCGCUGACAUCGAUGUUGUGUGCCGAGAGGCGAUGAUGCGGCCGGUGCGGAAACUGAUUCAGCAGCUGGAGUCGGCGGGCGACGCACCGGGCGCACCGUCGCGCCUUCCGCAGGCGCCGCUGAAGCCGCCGUGUGCGACGCUGGAAGACGUGCAGGCGAGCAUUGCGUGCACGCGCAGCAGCGUCAGACUGUCGGACCUCGCACGGUACGACACCUGGACGCGCGACUAUGGAUCUGGUCUUUCAGCGUAG